AGCAGCCCGCUUUAACCAAAAGAGUCCUCCAAGACGACCGGAUCAUUUCCACCAAAUCGGGUCGGACUCGGACUAUUUGAUCUCUCGAUGGGUGCUCUGAGCGGCGGCUGCGGCGGCCAGGGCGGGCUCUGGGGGUGGAACGGUCCCUGGAGGGACGAGGGAUCCUCGCGCCCUCGCCGGAGGAGCUCGAAGCCCUCGGAUUCCGUGGAGUCGACCGCCGGGGGACCCGCCCGCCGGUUCCCCCUCAAGCAAGCGGCGACGGCGGGGUCCCUCGCUCUCGCCGGCGACACGAUUGCUCAGGUCAGCGCGCGCCUGAGAAGGAAGAGGGAGGGCUCGGCUAGGCCUUCCCCGUCCGGACCGGACGUCGAUGGUGCUCGCGAGGAUGUCAUUGGCAUUCUUUUUUCAGAUCAUGACUGGUUUAGGGCCCUUCGCAUGACUUCUUAUGGAUUCCUUUUCUAUGGCCCCGGUUCUUUUGUCUGGUAUCAGUAUCUUGAUAAAACUUUGCCUAAGCCAACAGUUAAGAACUUGAUGCUGAAGGUAUUGUUAAACCAAAUCGUGCUUGGCCCUACGGUUAUUGCAAUUGUUUUUGCUUGGAACAAUCUAUGGCAAGGGAAGUUAUCUGAGCUUCCUAUAAAGUAUCAAAAGGAUGCUCUUCCCACACUACUCUAUGGAUUUAGGUUCUGGAUCCCUGUCAGUGCAUUGAAUUUCUGGGUGGUUCCCCUUCAAGCCCGGGUAGCUUUCAUGUCCAUGGGCUCCAUCUUCUGGAACUUCUGCUUGUCUUCCACCAUGAGCAAAUAGCUCUGUAUGCUGAACAUGAUUUUGCUGCCCAAUGUCUCCUCUUGAAAUAGAAGGUGUGGCUUCAGUUUUGCUGUGCUGUUCAUUGGUUGAACUGAAAACUUUGGAAUUGGUGGAAUUCAUUCCAAAGCUUCAUAUGGACAAGAGUCCUUGUUCGAUCAUUAUAUUGCGCACCAUUGAAAAUUGCCUGGUUCUUCUAGAUUGUACUGGUCAAGCGAUUCUGUAAACAUUCUUUACUGCCCAAUUUCGCAUCCAAUUGCGGUAUUUGGUGUACAGUUUAAGACAGCAAGAAUUGAACUAUCAUUAACAUUCGGGUAGAUUCUGGUGCUUGAUCUCUGUAUCUUCGAAUUAGGGAUGAACCAUUCCUGUCGGCUUUACUACGUGGUUUGAGCAUGUGCUUAAAUGAUCAUUUGACGUGACAGAGCUUCAUUCAA